AUGAACUCUACAAUAGAGCCAAAUCCAACGAAUCCAGUGGUAUUUUUUGAUAUUUCCAUUGGAAAUCAGCCUCAGGGACGUAUAAAAAUUGAACUAUUUGCAAAUACGCAUCCAAAAACAGCAGAAAAUUUCAGACAGUUUUGCACUGGUGAAACAAAGGGCUCAAAUGGACGUCCACAGGGAUAUAAAGGAUCAACGUUUCAUCGAGUGAUUAAGGAUUUUAUGGUCCAAGGUGGAGAUUUUAUUCAUGGAAAUGGAACAGGAAGCACAUGUAUUUAUGGAUCUCAAACGUUUGCAGAUGAGUCAUUUGUUCAUAAACAUGAUGCUCCGGGAUUACUGUCCAUGGCAAACUCUGGGCCAAAUACAAAUGGAUGUCAGUUUUUUAUUUUGACAAAAGCAGCACCGUGGUUGGAUGGAAAGCAUUGUGUUUUUGGACGAGUUAUUUAUGGAUUUUCAGUCUUAAAAAAAAUGGAAAAUGUAACAACAACAGGUACAAGUAAUACACCUAAAAUUCCUAUUGUUAUUACAGAAUGUGGUGAAAUGUAA